GACUUGUCUAGAAAUUUUGAUACAGAAUUUGGGCGACAAAGAAAGGAAUAAUUAUUUUAAUUUUGUUACAGCGCCCAUCUCAGAACACUCUUUGCUUACAAUCACAAACUUUUAGGUACUGUCAGCUAAAAUUGUCGGUUCCAGUGGUAAACUUGGAAUGUCAGCCCCUCCCCAUACGAUCUUUGAUUCACUAUCUAGUUUAAUGGACAAGGACGAGACGAAGGUGGAUGGGAGUACGUUGCACCUGCCCAGUUACGCCGAUCGGUAUACGGACAUUCCCCGCCUCAUCCGCUUGAAGUUCAUUGCCCAGGUGUGCCCGCAACUUAGUGUUCCCGCCCUCGAGUUGGCCAUCAACCACGUGAAGACCACCUACAAUGUCAAGCUGUACGAUGAGCUCUACAAGACGCUCUGUGCCGAGGUGAGCAGGAAGUCCCUGAGGCAGGUGGAGGAAACUGGGGAAUGUCUUGCCCCAGAUCCCAACGAGGCAAGCACCUCUAGUGGCAGGGGAAGGAUCGUGGUGCCCUACGACUCCUUCUGGGUGGAGGACAACACCAUGGAGGCCACGCUUAUGCUGCAGGAACUGGAUGCCGAGCUCAACUUCAAGAAGUCCAACUCGGGCAGCGCCUAUGUGCGAAGGGUUCUGGAGGAGAUCGGGGAUCACUACGAGAAGAGCGGCAACCUGCAGAUGGCAGUCAAGUUUUACGCUCGAGCCAGGCCCUACUGUACCAGCAGCGACAAUGUGAUCAACAUGUUCCGCAACCUGAUCAGGGUUUCCAUCUACAUGGAGAACUGGUGGCAUGUCCUCACCUACGUCGACGAGGCCAAGCAGUAUGCCUUUGGGUUUGAGUAUCUCGCCCAGCAGGUUCCGCCUCGUCUGAGCUGCGCCGCCGGCUUGGCCAACAUGGGCCUGAAGAUUUACAAAUCUGCAGCCGAGAACUUUCUGAGCACUCCCUUCGGGCGCUACGAUUACGAUAGAAUCGUAGCUCCCGAGGAUGUCACCUUCUAUGCGGGCCUGUGUGCCCUAGCCACUUUCGAUCGGGAGAGUUUGCAGCUCCGUGCCAUCAAUUCAGAGUCGUUCAAUCCCUUCUUCCAACUUUCCCCCAAAAUGUGGAACAUCUUGGCCAAGUUCUGCGAGGGUCAACUCGAAACUUGUGCGAGCCUCUUGCGAGAAAUCGAAGAUCAUGUCAGGCUGGAUGUCUAUCUGUCUCCACACGUCACCACCCUUUACGAGAUGAUCCUGGGCAGACUGCUUAAGAAAAGAGACAGGAAAACUAUGACUGAUACUGUAAAGAAAAGACGGAGCUCGUCAUAAAUUUAUUCUAUUAUAAUAUAUAAUUAUAUACUUAUAAGGCUGGAUUCUAUUUAGCUAGGUAUGUAUAUAAAAUUAUACAAUCAACUGAAUUUAUAAAAAUAAUUGUUAAAAAAUAUGUAUA